AAAAUCUAGUAGGCCUUUCAUUGUAACGAAGCACAACCAAUUAGUUAAAAGAAUAUCCAACUGCUGGACUUGGCAGCAGCAAAUUCAUGGUAGCCCUUCUACUCCUACUGCGUUUUUUUUGUUUGCAACUUGGUGCUGCCACAGAUACAAUUACUUCAUCUCAGUAUGUCAAAGAUCCUGAUGCUAUAGUCUCUGCGGGAAAUAAGUUCAAACUGGGAUUUUUCAGCCCUGUUAGUUCCACUAAUCGCUAUGUAGGAAUAUGGUUCAGUAGUGUUACGCCUAUAACACCAGUCUGGGUAGCUAACAGAAACAAGCCACUCAACGAUUCUUCUGGGGUGAUGACAAUAUCUGGGGAUGGAAAUCUUGUGGUUUUGAAUGGUCAGAAAGAAACUCUUUGGUCAUCAAUUGUCUCAAAGGGAGUCGGUAAUUCAAGUGCACAGCUUAUGGAUGAUGGAAACCUUGUCCUGCGAGAAAUCGGAAGUGGGAACAGCUUAUGGGAGAGUUUUCAGGAACCUUCUGAUACAAUCAUAACGAACAUGAGACUUACUGCUAAAGUAAGAACAGGCGAGAAGACAUUGCUAUCCUCAUGGAGAAGCCCUUCAGAUCCAUCCAUUGGGACCUUCACUGUUGGAAUUAAUCCAGUAAGGAUACCUCAUUGUUUCAUUUGGAAUCAUAGCCAUCCAAUCUAUCGGUCUGGUCCAUGGAAUGGUCAGGUAUUUAUUGCUAAUCCAGAAAUGAAUUCAGUUAAUAGCAAUGGAUUUGAUAUUGUACAAGAUGGAAACGGGACGUUUACCCUAAUCUCAAAUUCUGCCAACGAAUCAUAUAUCGGAAGAUAUGUUUUGAGUUAUGAUGGAAUUUUUAGUGAACUUUAUUGGGAUUAUGGGAAGGAGGAAUGGGUUAAUGUGGGGCGAGUUCCAAACGAUGAGUGCGAUGUCUACGGUAAGUGUGGGUCAUUUGGAAUCUGUAAAGUAAAGAAUUCACCAAUUUGCAGUUGUAUGAAAGGGUUUGAACCAAAAGAUGCAGAUAAAUGGAAUAGUAGAAACUGGACUAGUGGUUGUGUUAGGAGGAGACCUAUGCAGUGCGAAAGAAUACAAUAUGGUGGUGAAGCGGGCAAAGAAGAUGGAUUCUUGAGGCUGCGGACAGUGAAAGCGCCAGACUUUGCUGACUCGUCCUUUGCAGUUUCGGAACAAACAUGUAGAGACAAUUGCAUGAAUAAUUCUUCCUGUAUAGCUUAUGCAUAUUAUACUGGUAUACGCUGUAUGUUGUGGUGGGAAAACUUAACUGAUAUAAGGAAAUUUCCUAGUAGAGGGGCAGAUCUUUACGUUCGCCUAGCUUAUUCAGAACUUGAUAAUAGAACUACAAGUAUGAAGGUAAUUAUCGGUUUAACAGUGGUUGUGGGAGCUAUUAUCAGCGCAAUCUGUGUGUUCUGUAUGUGGAGGCGAAUUGCUCAUUAUAGAGAAAGGAAGAAGAGAAGCAUGAAGAUCUUACUAGACGAAAGCAUGAUGCAAGACGACUUGAACCAAGCUAAACUACCACUUUUAAGUUUACCAAAGCUUGUAGCUGCAACAAACAACUUUGACAUUGCCAAUAAGCUUGGGCAGGGUGGUUUUGGUCCAGUGUACAAGGGAAGAUUGCCAGAUGGACAGGAAAUAGCUGUGAAGAGACUGUCAAGAGCAUCUGGGCAAGGACUAGAAGAAUUUAUGAAUGAGGUUGUGGUGAUUUCUAAACUGCAACAUAGGAAUCUUGUGAGACUCCUUGGUUGCUGUGUUGAAGGAGAAGAGAAGAUGUUGGUCUAUGAGUACAUGCCAAACAAAAGCUUAGAUGCCUUUCUUUUUGAUCCUCUCAGGAAACAACUUCUAGAUUGGAAUAAACGUUUUGACAUUGUUGACGGAAUCUGUCGAGGUCUGCUCUACCUUCACAGGGAUUCCAGACUAAAAAUUAUUCAUCGAGAUCUGAAGGCAAGUAACAUCCUGCUGGACGAAAAUUUGAAUCCGAAAAUUUCAGACUUUGGUAUGGCCAGGAUAUUUGGUGGCAAUGAAGAUCAAGCAAACACUAUAAGGGUUGUCGGGACAUAUGGCUAUAUGUCCCCUGAAUAUGCAAUACAGGGCCGAUUUUCAGAGAAAUCAGAUGUUUUUAGUUUUGGAGUUUUGUUGUUGGAGAUUGCAAGUGGGAGGAAAAAUACCAGUUUCUAUGACUGUGAACAAGUUUCGAGCCUGAUAGGAUUUGCAUGGAAAUCAUGGAAUGAGGGCAACAUUGGAGCUAUAGUAGAUCCUGUAAUUUCAAACCCUUCUUUUGAGGUUGAAGUUUUUCGGUGCAUAAAUAUUGGUCUGUUAUGCGUUCAGGAGCUUGCAAGAGAUAGACCAACUAUAUCUACAGUAAUUUCAAUGCUAAACAGCGAAAUUGUGGAUCUUCCUGCUCCCAAACAAUCAGCAUUCGCUGAAAGGUUCAGUUAUUUAGACAAAGAAUCCUCCGAACAGAACAAACAGAGAUAUUCUAUUAACAAUGUCUCGAUCACAGCACUUGAAGCUCGACGUGCAUACAUUGAAUGGUCAAUAAUUCAUAAACUAACAAGGCUUUCCAUUCCCACCAAGAUCAAGCAUUUAGCCAAAAAAAUUUUGGUUUUUUUUAAUAACUUUUGUGCUACCAAAGUUACAAUUAUGGAUCUUGGCAGCUGCACAUCCAUAAUAGCUCUUCAUCUAAUACUAUAUUGUUUUUGUUUGGAAUUUGGAGCUUCCAUAGAUACCAUUUCAUUGUCUCAGUUCAUCAGAGAUCCUGAAACUAUAGUCUCUGCUGGGAAAAAGUUUGAACUGGGAUUUUUCAGCCCUGUUAAUUCCACAAAUCGUUAUGUAGCGAUAUGGUACAGUAAUAUUUCUAUUACAACUCCAGUCUGGGUGGCUAACAGAAACAAGCCACUCAACGAUUCUUCUGGGAUUAUGACAAUAUCUGAAGAUGGAAAUCUUGUUGUUUUGAAUGGUCAGAAAGAAACUCUUUGGUCAUCAAAUGUCUCGACUGGAAUGAAUGAUUCAAGAGCGCAGCUUAUGGAUGAUGGAAACCUUGUCUUGGGAGGGAGUGAAAAUGGGAACAGCUUAUGGCAGAGUUUCCAGGAACCAUCAGAUACUUACAUUCCGAAGAUGAGACUUACUGCUAAUCCCAGAACAGGUAAGAAGACGCCACUGACAUCAUGGAAAAGCCCUUCAGAUCCGUCUAUCGGAAGCUUCUCUUUGGGUAUUGAUCCCUCGAGCAUUCCUGAAGUGGUUCUUUGGAAUGAUAGUCGUCCAAUCUGGCGUACUGGUCCCUGGAAUGGUCAGGUUUUUAUUGGAGUCCCAGAAAUGAAUUCUGUUUAUCUUGAUGGAUUUAAUCUUGCGGAUGAUGGAAAUGGAGGUUUUACUCUAAGUGUAGGUUUUGCUGAUGAGUCUUACAUCACCAAUUUUGUUUUGAGUUCUGAAGGAAAAUUUGGACAAGUAUUUUGGGAUGAUAUGAAUGAGGGAUCAUGGAGAUAUCAAUGGGAAAGUGUUCAAGAUGAGUGUGAUGUUUAUGGCAAGUGUGGUUCAUUUGCAAGCUGUGAUGCAAAGAACACACCAAUUUGCAGUUGCUUGAAAGGUUUUGAACCAAAAAAUGCCGAUGAAUGGAAUAGCAGAAACUGGACUCAUGGUUGUGUUCGAAGGAAAGCGAUGCGGUGUGAAAGAAUACAAAAUGGUGGUGAACUGGGAAAAGAAGAUGGAUUUUCGAAGCUGGAGAGAGUGAAAGUGCCAGGCUUUGCUGAGUGGUCAUCUUCGAUUACUGAACAAAAAUGCAGAGAUGACUGCUGGAAUAAUUGUUCUUGUAUAGCUUAUGCCUAUUAUACUGGUAUAUAUUGUAUGUUAUGGAAGGGAAACUUAACUGAUAUAAAGAAGUUUUCUAGUGGAGGGGCAGAUCUUUACAUUCGCCUUGCUUAUACAGAACUUGAUAAUAAAAAGAUAAACAUGAAAGUAAUUAUCAGUUUAACAGUGGUCGUGGGAGCCAUUGCCAUUGCGAUCUGCGUGUUUUAUUCCUGGAGGUGGAUAGAAAGGAAGAGGACAAGCAAGAAGGUAUUAUUACCAAAAAGGAAGCAUCCAAUAUUAUUGGACGAAAACGUGAUCCAAGACAACUUGAACCAUGUUAAACUUCAAGAACUACCUCUGUUCAGUUUACAAAUGCUGAUAGUUGCAACAGACAACUUUAAUACAGCCAAUAAGCUUGGGCAGGGUGGAUUUGGUCCAGUGUACAAGGGAAAAUUCCCAGAUGGGCAGGAGAUAGCUCUGAAAAGACUGUCAAGAGCAUCUGGACAAGGGCAAGAAGAAUUUAUGACUGAGGUUGUGGUGAUUUCAAAACUGCAACAUAUGAAUCUCGUGAGACUUCUUGGAUGCUGCGUUGAAGGAGAAGAGAAGAUGUUGGUUUAUGAGUACAUGCCAAAUAGGAGCUUGGAUGCUUUUCUUUUUGAUCCUUCAAGAAAACAACUUCUAGAUUGGAAAAAACGCUUCAACAUUGUCGAAGGAAUCUGUCGAGGUCUGCUUUACCUUCACAGGGAUUCUAGGCUGCGGAUUAUUCAUCGAGAUCUGAAGGCAAGUAACAUCCUACUGGACCAAGAACUGAAUCCUAAAAUCUCAGAUUUCGGAAUGGCUAGGAUAUUUGGUCGCAACGAAGACCAAGCUGACACUGGAAGGGUUGUUGGAACAUUCGGCUAUAUGUCCCCUGAAUAUGCCAUGGAAGGUCGAUUUUCAGAGAAAUCCGAUGUCUUUAGCUUUGGAGUUUUGUUAUUAGAGAUUAUAAGUGGAAGGAAAAAUACCAGUUUCUAUGGAAACGAGGAGGCUUUGAGCCUGCUAGGAUAUGCCUGGAAAUUGUGGAACGAGGGCAACAUUGCAGCUCUGGUAGAUCCUGGAAUUUCAUAUCCUUCUUUCCACGAGGAAAUUUUUCGUUGCGUACACGUUGGUUUGCUAUGUGUUCAGGAAUUUGCAAAAGACAGGCCAGCUAUAUUCACUGUCAUUUCCAUGCUAAAUAGUGAAAUUGUGGAUCUUCCCACUCCCAAGCAACCUGCAUUUUCAGAAAGGCGGAGUGAGCUAGACACAGCGUCCCUUCAGCACGACCAGAGGCCAGAAUCCAUCAACAACGUCACGGUUACACUUCUUUCAGGCCGAUAGACAAAAUUCAUGACAUGAUUGUUUUUCUGCUGGGCUUGCAGCUGGUCGGCCAUUUGUAAAACUUUCAACGCUGAAUUUUUUAGGCAUGUCAAAGUAAUGGCAAGAUUUUGAUAAUAUAUAUUUUAAUUCCAUUUUUUUGCAAUAAA